UGCAGGGCGAAUAUAACACGAGUAGACCCACAGAGAGAGAGAAAGAGAGAGAGAAAGAGAGAGAGAGAGAGAGAGAGAGAGAGAGAGAGAGAGAGAUGUGCAGCAGCAUGCUCCAGCAGAGUGAACUCCUGCACUGAGAGGACUAGACUAGAGGACUAGACCGACUGACUCCUGCUGCUUCAAGUUCAACUCUCUUUUUAAAACCUUUUAAAACACCUUGUUUUCUCCGCUUCUUCUCCAGAGACUCCGACUCAUCACCGCGUCGUUUUCCAGCCGUGGAUGAGCGCAACACGCGUGCACGGUUAUGUUUGAAAAGGAGUCAGGACAACCUCUGGACCAGUCGACUGCGACAGCAAUGCCUUCCAACAAAUACUCUGCUGCCAUCAUGGAGGAGAGCAACAACAUGACGGCCACAGCGCCGGUGAACGGAGACACGCCUCCAGCUGAGGGCCUAUCAGAGAACGACAGUGGCGUGGAGCUGACCAAUGAGAACAGCCCUCUGACCGCGGCCGAACCGCCCUCGCCUUUCAGCCCCAAGCAGCACGGAGACGCCGCCUCGCCUCAAGAUGGAAACCAGUGUUCAGGGGGAAGCAGGAAGAGGAGCAGGAAGUCAGAGGAGGAGGAGACGACCUGGGACUCCUACAGCGAGGAGAAGACUUCAGGAGCGUCUCAGUUGGGUUUGAGACAGACGCCUCGACCCAGAACCAUCUUCCAGGCCGGUCUGCUGCCGCACGCACACAACAAACCUCGCAGACAGAACCGCAAACAGGAGCGCAGCAUGUUACUGUGUGCCAGCAGUGGCGGCGGUCCUCGGGUGGCCGUGGUUGCGUCCAGCGGGGUCCCUGAGGCCCCCCGUCUGGAGCUGAUGGAACAAGACUCCAAGGACUCGGCCCAGAGCAUCAGCACCUCGUCCAGCUCCGAGGUCCAGCCGGAGUACAAUGACAACAAGGGCUUUGGCAUCGGCGAGCUGGUGUGGGGCAAGAUCAAGGGCUUCUCCUGGUGGCCCGGCAUCGUGGUGACGUGGCGCGCCACCGGCAAGCGGCAGGCCAGCCACGGCAUGAGGUGGCUGCAGUGGUUCGGAGACGGCAAGUUCUCUGAGGUUUCAGCAGACAAGCUGGACUCCAUCACCGCCUUCCCCAAGUUCUUCAGCCAGGUGUCCUACACCAAGCUGGCCUCCUACCGCCGGGCCAUCUUCCAGGCUCUGGAGAUGGCGAGUAUCCGGGCGGAGAAGAAGUUUCCUCCCUGCGAGUCGGACAAUCCGGACGACCAGGUCAAACCCAUGCUGGACUGGGCCAACGGCGGCUUCCUGCCCAAAGGAGAGGAGGGACUCAAACCUACGCACACCGCCGACAGUAACCCUCUGGACCACCAGGUCCUCGAUGUUUCCCUGCCAGAGUAUUUCCCCAGCGCCAAGCGGCCCCGAGUCAGCCUCUGCAAGGGCAAGGCCGCCCCCGAGGAGUCCUACAGCAGAGAACAAAUGGUGAAUGAAGUUCUGAAGAAUAAAAGAAGUAUAGAAGAUUUCUGUCUCUCUUGUGGAAAGAUGAGAGCAGCAACCUUCCACCCGCUGUUUGAAGGAGGCCUGUGCCAAACAUGCAAGGAUGUGUACCUGGAGAUGUCCUACAUGUACGACGACGACGGUUACCAGUCCUACUGCACCGUCUGCUGCGGCGGUCGAGAGGUUCUGCUCUGCGGCAACGCCAACUGCUGCAGGUGUUUCUGCGUGGACUGUCUGGACAUCCUGGUCGAUCCCGGAGCAUCUAACAACGCUCGCUAUCUGGACCCGUGGCGAUGCUACAUGUGCCAGCCGCUGCUGCAGUACGGCGUCCUGAAGCGACGGCACGACUGGGGCCUCAAGCUGCAGGGCUUCUUCGCCAACGACAACGGACAGGAGUUUGAGAAACCAAAGAUUUUCCCAGCAGUCCCUGCAGAGCAGAGACGUCCAAUCAGAGUCCUCUCCCUGUUUGACGGCAUCGCCACCGGCUACCUGGUUCUGAGGGACCUGGGUUUUAAGGUGGACCAGUAUGUGGCGUCAGAGGUGUGCGAGGACUCCAUCUCAGUGGGUGUCGUCAGACAUGAAGGAAGGAUCCAGUACGUCCACGAUGUCAGGAACAUCACUAAGAAAAACCUGCUGGAGUGGGGUCCGUUUGACCUGGUGAUCGGAGGAAGUCCCUGCAACGACCUGUCCAUCGUCAACCCUGCCAGGAAAGGGCUCUAUGAAGGGACAGGGCGGCUGUUCUUUGAGUUCUACCGUCUGCUGAGCGAAGCCAAGCCCAAAGAAGGAGAGGACCGGCCUUUCUUCUGGAUGUUCGAGAACGUGGUCGCCAUGGGCGUCAACGACAAGAGGGACAUCUCGCGCUUCCUGGAGUGUAACCCCGUGAUGAUCGACGCUAUCGAGGUCUCUGCUGCUCACCGUGCCCGAUACUUCUGGGGAAACCUGCCGGGCAUGAACAGGCCUCUGUGUGCCUCUGGGAUGGACAAGCUGGAGCUGCAGGACUGUCUGGAUCACGGCAGAGUUGCAAAGUUCGGGAAGGUGCGCACCAUCACUACCCGCUCCAACUCCAUCAAACAAGGGAAGGACCAACAUUUCCCUGUGCUGAUGAACGGGAAGGAGGACAUACUGUGGUGCACUGAGCUGGAGAGGAUCUUUGGCUUCCCGGUCCACUACACAGACGUUUCCAACAUGGGUCGCGGUGCCAGACAGAAGCUCCUGGGCCGAUCCUGGAGCGUCCCCGUCAUCAGGCAUCUGUUCGCGCCGCUCAAAGACUACUUUGCCUGUGAAUAGACGCCACCACCCCCCCCCCUCCCAUCACCAGAAAACACUUAACGAUUCCACGCCAGCUUUUCUAUCGUGACGCUGGCUCCGAGGAGCUUCAGCCGCCGACCACAUUUUGUAAAAGAGCUGGAGGUUUUCUCUCCACUCUGGAACCAGUUUCACUACAAAUCAGUGUAGCUGGGAAAUAGUGAGCGGAUCCUGGUGCUAAUGCACUGCAGCCUUAAACACACUAUGUUUUAUUACUACAACAUAGUAGUAUCACUGAUUACAUCAUCCGUAACAGAGUAGAGAGGAGAAAAGAUGCUCUGUUUAUUAACAUCAGGCCUGUACAGUGAGUCCAACAGGAUUCUUUCUUUCUUUUAAAAUGCCCUGAGGAGGUAUUGCUUUUAAAUUGACAACACUUAGCAGAUGUAGAAAAAUAGAGAACAACAUGGCACCAACGGUACAGCUUUUUAAGUGGCUCCGUAUCAAAGUUUUAGUUUUUUUUUAGGAAGUGUAAAGCUUUUCAGAGGACACUCAUCUCUUCUUUUAGCUGAUGAUGAUUAAGACGAGACAACAGGCUUUUAAUCUAAACAGAAACACUUGAACCAAAGUCAUUAGAUGGACAGUUUUUGGGCUCCCUGCUGUUCCACUAGCCUCAGACCGGAAUGUGUUUUCUCUGAGACGUCUAGAAAAGCUGAAACAUGUUACUGAGGUUUUAUGUCCAAAUUCUAGCAAAAAUAAAUAUCCACAACUGUUUUUAUAUAUGGAUAAUACAAGAUUAAUCAACAACAAUAACAUAUCCCAUGAGUCUUAGCCCCACAGGUGCUGUGAAAGCCUUGUGGGAGCGCUAGUUGUUCAAUGCUAAUAAAUUUAAAAGAAAUAGAUCAAUUAAUUUAAAAUAAAAAUUGGUUCCAUUGCCCUGUUUUUUUUUUUUUUUUUUAUUCUUUUCCCCCAUUUUUCUUUAUUGAAUUUGACUGAUUAACAA